GGCGUGAGGUGUGAGGUGUGGGGUGGACGAGGCAUGAGGGAGGCAGUGUGGGUGUGAGGGGGUUGCAUCAUCCGUUACGUCAUAGGUCAGCGUGACACCUCGUGGACGGAUGCGUGACGUCACACUUUGCCAAUCGAAGUCUGUAUUGUGGAAGGUGACGGGGAGAGGGAGGUGGUGGUGGUGGUAUGUAGGUCCAUCAAUAGGGGACUGUACUCGCGUCGUCAGCGCCUCCCUCGUGAACAUAUUUCGCACACUAGGACGUCUCACGCACAGCGCCCCCUUUGGUAUUCAGUCCUCGCCGUUAAGGUCCUUCCUCCUGUCAGUGCGUCGCAGCCUCGGUCUUCAUAGUGGCAGGCAGAUCAUAAAGUGUGUCGUAGCAGCAGCAGCAGCAGUACCAUUCUUGUGGUGGCCUCGGGGCUGGAGACCCUCUCCUUUUCCCGCUUGGCAGAGGUCGUCCUGAUUUUCCUGUAUCAUUUUAUUUUUUUCCUAAUUUAUGGUAUUUGUUGAAGGCAUUCCAUGUUCAGACUCGCGGUAUUGUGCGUGGUGGUGUGGCUCGGGUGUGCGGGGCGGGCGGGGUGUGGCGAGGAGGGCAUCUCGCGCCCCGAGUCCCUGGUGACGCUCCACGCUGAGAACUUUAGCAACCAAGCUGCGGCCGACCAGGACCUGCGGGAAGCUGAUUACCUGGAGGAGAGUCCCGCACACCGCGCCGCCCUCCGCCUUCACACUGCAGCAGGGGCCCGCCUCUCGCGCCACUCCCGCACCACAGAGGGACACUCGCCGCGCUGCUGCCCGCGCCAUCUAGGGGGUGAGGUUAAGGAACAAAGUCAAGAGCAAUUAUUACACAAGGAAUUGGAACACCGCGCCAGACAGCGCCACGCACAGCAGUACAUCGGAAGGCUGCGACGAGACAUGGCACUGCGCAGACAAGAGGCCUGCAGACAAAAGCGAUUGGAACGGCGGCUUCUGGAAGAAGAGCAACGAAGACGACAGCUUGCAGCAGAGAAGGGUCGCAGACAGCGGCUGCUUCAAGUGUGGUGUCGCAAACAACGUCACCGCAACAAGCAGAUUUGUAGACAGCAUGGUUAUGGACAACAGAGCAGCAGACAAAAGCUGCUCCAACAGAAGCUGCUACAUCAACAGAGACUUCGCAGACAGCAACUGCUCCAACAGGAGGAUCAAAGACAACAGAUACUUAAACAGAAGCGUUGUAAACAACGUCAUCGCAAACAUGAGAAUCGCAGACAACUGCUUCAGCAGAAGCGUCGCAGCCAACGCUUGCCUGAACAGAAGCGCCGCAGAGAACGGUUGCUUCAGCAGGAGCGUCGCAGACAGCAGCAUCGCAGGGAACAGCAUCGCAGACAACGGCUGCUUGAAAAGAAGCGUCGCAGACAGCAGCAUCGCAGGGAACAGCGUCUCAGACAACGGCUGCUUGAAAAGAAGCGUCGCAGAGAGCAGCUGCUUGAAAAGAAGCGUCGCAAACAGCAGCAUCGCAGGGAACAGCAUCGCAGACAACGGCUGCUUGAAAAGAAGCGUCGCAGACAGCAGCAUCGCAGGGAACAGCGUCGCAGACAGCAGCUGCUUGAAAAGAAGCGUCGCAGACAGCAGCUACUUGAAAAGAAACGUCGCAAACACCAGCUGCUUGAAAAGAAGCGUCGCAGACAGCAGCUGCUUGAAAAGAAGCGUCGCAGACAGCAGCAUCGCAGGGAACAGCGUCACAGACAACGGCUGCUUGAAAAGAAGCGUCGCAGACAGCAGCUACUUGAAAAGAAACGUCGCAAACACCAGCUGCUUGAAAAGAAGCGUCGCAGACAGCAACAUCGUAAACAACAGCCGCGUCAACAGCAACAAGGCAGACAACAGUUCCCGAAGGUAAAACACCGCAGACAACAGACUUCAGCGCGGAGUGGCGGGCGGCACACACUUGAACAACAGAAUCGUGAGAAGGAAAAGCUUUCGGAUCAAGCAAGACUUGAGCAGAUGCGCCUGGAGCAGCUGCGCCUUGAACAGCUGCGUCUCGAUCAGAUGCGACUUGAAGAACGGAAACUUGAACAACGAAAGCUGGAGGAGCAACGCCUGGAGCAAGAGCGUUUAGCGAAGCAGCACAUGGAGCAGCGGCGCCUGGAGCAGGAACGACUGGCGCAGCAGAGGCUGGAACAGCAACGUCUUGAACAGGAGCGUCUGGCGCAGCGACGACUGAAACAACAAAAGCUGCACCAGAAGAGGCAUUGCCACGGCAGACGGAGCUCCUCUCGUGACAGGCUUGAGAAGUGGCGCCUGAAGCAGCAGGACCGUCAGCAGAGGCGACUGGAAAAGGAUAGACUCCGGCAACGUCGCCUUCGCCGGCAGCAGCAAUACCGGACCAAGAAGCGUCUGCAACAGCAGCGCCUUCGUCAAAAACAUCGCCUCGCCCAGAUGCGCCUCCUUGAGAAGCUCAGCCGAAAGAAGAAUCAGAAGACUGGUGAGAUUGAGGGAAAAUUCCUCAUGAAAAUGCAUCGCCUCAAGACAGGACUCAAGAAUUUGAAGCGGAAAACUGGCAAGAAGAAAAGGUCUGCUUCCAGUCGUGUACGAAGGUCCGAACAGUCCGUGCAGGAGUGCAGGCAGCGCCUCAGGGCAAGGCCGGCACAGCAGAGGCGUGUCCUACAGAAGCUCAACAAAGAAAGAAUUCCCGGAGAACCGAACACAGUUGAACGCCUUCUUAGGGAAAGGGAACUCGCGCAGCGCAGGAUUGAGCGACUCUCUAAGUCACUCCGACCACGCUUUUGUCACAUGCAACGACAGCAGGACCAGGAGCAGGAGCAAAAGGAGCAGGAGGACGUGGCUGAACAGGGGAAGGAACUCACGUCAAAGAAGAACCUUGGCUGCCCGAUCCGGAGCCUGAUGGACUGCCAGCAGAGCGGCAACGCCUCCAUGUGCGUGGAGGUUUACGACAGUCACGACACUGACACCAAAUGUCCCAGGGCUGUGGCGGUUGGCUGAGGUCAUGCUGCCCGCCCCAUAGUUAUGAGUCACUCUGAGUCACUCUGAGUCACUGCCCUUGAGUCAUUCGCCCUUACAUGUGCCGUGACUCAUGCGAGGCUGGUGGCCUCUCUAAACUUUUCUCUUUCAUGUCACUCUUGGUCCAGUUUUGUCUUUUUUAACGAAUCUUUAC